AAAGAGGGAGGGAGGUAGAGAGAGAAAUAGCGUGUGAGAGAGAGACAGAGAAGAAGAGAGGGAGAAAGAGGGACACGAGACAGAGAUCAGACAGUGAGGCGGACUUUUCCAGGGAGCUUAGGUCCUGGCAGUGGAAGGAUUACAAAUACAGAGCUGAUCAGUAUUGGACCUUGACAAGCCUAGUACAGCUGCCCGCAUGGGACACAGGACUACAACCAGAACAACAACCUAACCCCCCCGUUCUAUAAUGGGUUAUUAUCGGAGCACUCCCCCAUGUUCAUGUAACUGUACUGCGUUUGAAUGAGCCUGUUGAUGGAUUGUUGGGCUCUGGAUCUCUGGAGUGACAUGUUGGGAGCGAGGAUCUUGUUGUGCUUCCAUAACCUGAAGGAGAAGUGAAUGACAAGACCCUUUGUGACUGAGUUGGACUUUUCAGUUAAAACACAAGGGUAAUGUUAUAUCUGGCCACCGUCAAUCUCGAUAUGUGAUUAUUGAUACAAGCAUCUGUAAGAAACUAGACAGAUCACUUUCUUCAACAUUAAAUUAUUACCGUUAGAGAAGCAAAGAAGUUACAAGAUUUUAUGUUAUUUGAGAAUCCAAAAUUGCUAAACUGUUGACAGGGAAGAUGAAAUCAGCACUACUCAGGGCUCUGACUGCGUUGUAAGUUGAACACCAUUGUGGCCGACUGUAACCUGAUCUCCAACACACUGCAGUAAUUACAAGGUGCAUGCAGGGAAACAUAGAGAGAGAUUUGUAAUUAGACCGGUCUAUAAAAAGAGCCAGGCAAAGGGCGAGGUCCCCACACAGAGAGAGAGAAAGGGGGAGAGUCAGGCCAAGGACACCCAACUUGAAGGGAGGGAGGGGGGCUGUCUGGAGGCAUAGGAAGGAGGCUGCCUGGGGGCAUAGGAAGGAGACCAACUGGAGGCAUAGGAAGGAGGCCAACUGGAGGCAUAGGAAGGAGACCAACUGGAGGCAUAUGAAGGAGACCAACUGGAGGCAUAGGAAGGAGACCAACUAGAAUCAUAGGAAGGAGGCCAACUGGAGGCAUAGGAAGGAGACCAACUGGAGGCAUAGGAAGGAGACCAACUGGAGGCAUAGGAAGGAGACCAACUGGAGGCAUAGGAAGGACACCAACUGGAGGCUUAGGAAGGAGGCUGUCUGGAGGCAUAGGAAGGAGGCUGCCUGGAGGCAUAGGAAGGAGACCAACUAGAAUCAUAGGAAGGAGGCUGCCUGGAGGCAUAGGAAGGAGACCAACUGGAAUCAUAGGAAGGAGACCAACUGGAGGCAUAGGAAGGAGACCAACUGGAGGCAUAGGAAGGAGACUGCCUGAGGGCAAAGGAAAGAGGCUGCCUGGGGGCAUUGUUGAGUGUAAGUGACACCCAGACGCCCAAGGGCAACGACACCUAACCUGAAGGGAAGGAGGCUGCCUGGAGUCACCAUUGGGAAGAAGAUACACCCAGACAGCUUUUGGCAAUUAGGGGACAGGAGGUGUGACCAUGGACCCCCAAGGCGGACACUACCUGAACAAGGCGGCGGUGCUGUCUCCUCUAGGAGCGGCCCGUAUGCUCCAGCUCCUCCUGGGCUGCACCAUCAUAGCCCUGGUGGCCCACAGCGCCGGAUACAACCACGCCUAUGGUAUCUACUGCAUGUUUGUGUGGUGCUUCUGCUUCGCCAUGACCCUGCUGGUGUUCACCAUGGAUGUGACACGCCUCCCCUGCUGCAUGCCCAUUUCCUGGGACAACCUCACUGUGGCGUUCGCCAUGCUCGCCACACUCAUGUAUGUCGCCGCCUCCGUCGUCUACCCCGUCUACUUCCUGCGCUCUCAGUGCUCCAAGUCGGACGGGGGCUGCGAGGUGCGCAACUACCGCAUCGCUGUCACCGUGUGCUCCAGUUUCUGCUGCUUCGCCUACGCGGCUGAGGUGUUCCUGACCCGGGCCAAACCCGGCCAUGUGGUGGGCUACAUGGCCACCAUGUCAGGCCUGCUCAAGGUGGUCCAGGCCUUCGUGGCCUGCAUUAUAUUCGGGGCCCUGGCCAACGGCAGCGAGUACAACCGCCACAUCCCCACUCAUUACUGCGUGGUGGUCUACAGCCUGUGCUUCUCCAUCACCGUGGUCGUGAUCGCUGUGACCGUGUCGGGAAAAGCCUCGGCUCUGCCCCUGCGUUUCCCCUUCGACCGCUUCGUGAUCAUCUACACGUUCCUGGCGACGCUGCUGUACCUGAGCGCCGCCCUGGUGUGGCCCAUCUUUAGCUUCGACAGGAAGUAUGGCACGCCGGGUCGCCCCAACGGCUGUCCCUGGGAGAACUGUCCCUGGGACAGCAAGCUGGUGGUGGCGGUGUUCACGCAUGUCAACAUGGUGCUGUACUUCAGCGACCUAAUCUACUCCCAGAGGAUCCGCUUUGUCUCCCACUCUGCUGCUUGAGGACCCCUCCACCCUGCACUCUGCUGCCUGAGGACCCCUCCACCCUGCACUCUGCUGCCUGAGGACCCCUCAACCCUGCACUCUGCUGCCUGAGGACCCCUCCACCCUCCUCACUCCACUCCGCUGCUUGAGGACCCCUCCACCCUCCACUCUGCUGCCUGAGGACCCCUCCACCCUCCUCACUCCACGCUGAUGCCUGAGGACCCCUCCUCACUCCUGGGGACCCCUCUAUCCUCCUCAGUCCUGGGGACCCCUCUACCCUCCUCAGUCCUGGGGACCCCUCUACCCUCCUCACUCCUGGGGUGAAUCUCAAAAGUUUUUUCCUCAAUUCCUCAUUGGACACGGCGUACGAGGUAAGGGAGGAGAGCAUUGGAGAAGACAAGAGGCGAUACGACUUCUGCCUCGCUCUGACGUUGUGAGGAGGCGUGGAGAGGGGAUACGAGGAAUAGAGACUUUUGAGUUGCACCCCUGGCCCUCAGAGACAGACAGAGACCACACUGGAAAUGACACACAGCAUCUUCACUCAAGUGCCUCUGAAUGCCCCAUGCCUACUACAGAUUACAUAUCGCCUCAAUGAUGUUAUGGCUUUGUGCCUUGAUGUGUCUUUCUUAACAUCAUUGUUAUGUCUUUCUUAACAUCAGUGUUGUGUCUUUCUUAACAUCAGUGUUGUGUCUUUCUUAACAUCAGUGUUAUGUCUUUCUUAACAUCAGUGUUGUGUCUUUCUUAACAUCAGUGUUAUGUCUUUCUUAACAUCAGUGUUGUGUCUUUCUGAACAUCAGUGUUGUCAUUCUUAACAUCAGUGGUAUGUCUUUCUUAACAUCAGUGUUGUGUCUUAACAUCAGUGUUGUCUUUCUGAACAUCAGUGUUGUGUCUUAACAUCAGUGUUGUCUUUCUUAAUAUCAGUGUUAUGUCUUUCUGAACAUCAGUGUUAUGUCUUUCUUAACAUCAGUGUUGUCUUUCUUAAUAUCAGUGUUAUGUCUUUCUUAACAUCAGUGUUAUGUCUUUCUUAACAUCAGUGUUAUGUCUUUCUUAACAUCAGUGUUGUCUUUCUUAAUAUCAGUGUUAUGUCUUUCUUAACAUCAGUGCUGUGUCUUAACAUCAGUGUUGUCUUUCUGAACAUCAGUGCUGUGUCUUAACAUCAGUGUUGUGUCUUAACAUCAGUGUUGCCUUUCUGAACAUCAGUAUUGUGUCUUAACAUCAGUGUUGUGUCUUAACAUCAGUGUUGCCUUUCUGAACAUCAGUGAUGUGUCUUAACAUCAGUGUUGUGUCUUUCUUAACAUCAGUAUUGUGUCUUAACAUCAGUGUUGUCUUUCUUAACAUCAGUGUUGUGUCUUAACAUCAGUGUUGCCUUUCUGAACAUCAGUGUUGUGUCUUAACAUCAGUGUUGUCUUUCUUAAUAUCAGUGUUAUGUCUUUCUGAACAUCAGUGCUGUGUCUUAACAUCAGUGUUGUCUUUCUUAACAUCAGUGUUAUGUCUUUCUUAACAUCAGUGUUAUGUCUUUCUUAACAUCAGUGUUGUCUUUCUUAAUAUCAGUGUUAUGUCUUUCUUAACAUAAGUGCUGUGUCUUAACAUCAGUGUUGUCUUUCUGAACAUCAGUGCUGUGUCUUAACAUCAGUGUUGUGUCUUAACAUCAGUGUUGUGUCUUAACAUCAGUGUUGCCUUUCUGAACAUCAGUGCUGUGUCUUAACAUCAGUGUUGUGUCUUUCUUAACAUCAGUAUUGUGUCUUAACAUCAGUGUUGUCUUUCUUAACAUCAGUGUUGUGUCUUAACAUCAGUGUUGCCUUUCUGAACAUCAGUGCUGUGUCUUAACAUCAGUGUUGUGUCUUUCUUAACAUCAGUAUUGUGUCUUAACAUCAGUGUUGUCUUUCUUAACAUCAGUGCUGUGUCUUAACAUCAGUGUUGUCUUUCUUAACAUCAGUGCUGUGUCUUAACAUCAGUGUUGUCUUUCUUAACAUCAGUGUUGCCUUUCUGAACAUCAGUGCUGUGUCUUUCUUAACAUCAGUGUUAUAUUUCUUAACAUCAGUGUUACAUCUUAACAUUAGUGUUGUGUCUUAACAUUAGGGUUAUGUCUUAACAUCAGUGUUGUGUCUUAACAUCAGUGUAUUUCUUAACACUAUUAUCAGUAGUAUCAGUAUUAUAAUCUCUAAGAGAAACCUGAGACAAGGGCCAGCACUGUUGUAGGCACUCUGUCUAAUGGUGCAGUACAUUGGUUUAAUUCAGAGCUUUGAACGUGUUGGGCGACAUUUUCGUAGUGCAAAAGGGAUGUGCUAAAUGCGAAAGAACUCUGUAAACCUCAUAAUCUGGCAGUGUGAUUUAAACUGAAACUUUUCCUCUACAAUUUGUGUUAUAAAGAAGCUAUUAUUUAAAAGGUUUAGUAAACCGAGCAAUCAAUAAAAUGUAGUCGCCUACUAAUAAUGCACAUUGCUGAAAAACAUUUUGAAGAUUAUACCGAGGUUCAUGGUCAUUUCUGUACUUUGCUUUUGUUCUAUGAACAUGUCGGCCAUUAUGUGUUGGAGGACGUCGUAAAUCAUCACUGGGUUGUUUUCAUGCCUUGAAAUAGUCUGUUUCAUUUAUUGUGUUUCAAGAAACUUUUAUCUUAACUAAGAUGUUUUUUUAAAUAAUGACAAUAAUAUAUAAAAAAAUGUAAUGUGUAGUGUGUUGAAUUGGCUUUCCAUCAUUGAGUACUUUUGGUGUUUAUACUAACACCCAACUGCAUGUUUCAACUUCAGCUCCUCUUGUUUUAGUCCAAGUUCAGUCAGUGUGUAGAUUCAUUAUGAGCUGAAUGUUCAGUGUAUCAACUGUCAAUACGAAAUUGGUAAUAUAUAGUAUGAGUGAGUGUGAGUGUGUGUGAGUGUGUAAGGGGAGGUUAUGGAAUUGACUGCAUAGAUACAGCUACCACUAUUUGAUAUGUGAUGUCUGCACUGCAAAACAUCCCUGAACACUGUAUUGUAAUGACAACCAUGCAAUGUUCUCAAUGAUUUAAACCGAUAGAAAAGUUCUGAAACUUGUGAACAUUCAAAAUGUCAUUAAAAUGAACAGAUUGUUUAGUCUGUGCACCUGUU